CACUCACUCUGGCCAAAACUGACGUAGUGCCAACUUCAGUUAGUAACCAAGUAUGUGUACAUGUUUGAAGGGGUUGGGGUUCUAGAGUUGGAGACACGAAAACGGCUGUUACAUGGUCAGUCAUCAGCCCUAUUUGCCGUUCACCCUCGAGGAACUGUCCUCCAUUCGUGAUCCCAAGGUCCUGGAUCACUGGCUUCACACCAAAGUCAGGGUUUUAGGGCAUAUCACUUUAGCUAACCAGGUCUGCCAUACACUGACCCUCAAUUCCUUAGGGGAGGAAAUCAGGACGACCCUUCAAGUGGAUUUCAGGCAAUUGGAAGGCCAUUCGUUGCUCAAAUCGGGCGAGAUCGUCCAAAUCUUGGGUCAAGUCGGAUUUGUUGAGGAUCGAUUGUGGUUGCAAGCGCACCUUGUGAGAGAUUUUCAUGGAGUGGAUCCGUUAAGGUAUCAUCAAGCCAUCAAGAUUCAAUCCCGCUAUUGUCCUUUAAACGUGGAAAGCAAAUUGGAAUCCAGUUCGACUGGAGCAUCAGAUUCGUUGGUUCACGAUCGAUCUAAACUUCCCGAAGAGUUGGAUUCCCAACUUUUGGAGGAGUUAUUUGAUUUAGAGUUCACGAAUGUGCCCAAUGCUCAGGUGACGAAUGAUAUAAACGAAAGCAUCGAUCUGUUUGAAGACGAGGGAUAAGUUGAUAUCAUACUCAUCACCAUGGGUUUGAACACGUUCUACACUGGACCGGAGAACGCUCCCAAUGCCUUGGAUAUCAAUCGAGAGAACAACAAUGUCGUUAUUGCCGGCCGCAAUGUCUUCAAAGUGUUUGCCAUCGGCGAGUUUAGUUUAAAUGAACUUUUCAAUUUGCGGGCUGGUCGUAGCAUCAACUUGAACUACUCGUGUAAUGAUGUGGCUUGGAGUGUUUUCGACGAUAACCUUCUGGCCACAGCCGCUACCAAUGGGGCAGUGGUAUUGUGGAACCUGGGGAAAGCUGCCAAAUCAAAGCCUGACCAUAUAUUCACAGAGCACAAAAGAACUGUGAAUAAGGUUAGUUUUCAUCCAUCGGAUGGUGGCUUGCUUCUCUCGGGUUCCCAAGAUGGAACGAUACGUUUAUUUGACGUGAGGACCCGCGAAUGCGUCAUGAACUUCUCCAGCGGGAAUGAAAGCAUUCGAGAUGCCCAAUUCUGCCCUUUGCAACAUCAAACCUUCGCCUCGGCGGCCGAGAACGGGCGGGUGUCUGUUUGGGAUAUUCGUAAGUCUGAGAGACCCGAACGUGCUUGGAACGCCCACACCGAAUAUGUUUUUGCGUGUGAUUGGCAUCCGGAAUGUCGGAAUGUGAUUGCCACCGCUGGCCGGGACAAGACGGUGAAGGUGUGGAACUUGGACGAGGAUCGCGCCAAGUUGGAUGUCAAUAUCCAAACCAUUGGACCGGUUGGAAGGAUCAAAUGGCGACCCAACCAUCGGUUUCAGAUUGCCAGCUCGGCCUUAGCGUUGGAUUUUUCGGUCCAUAUUUGGGAUGUGCGACGACCUUGGAUUCCGACCUAUUCAUUUGAUCAACACAAGGACGUGACCACCGACUUCCUCUUCAAGGGAGAUUCCGAGGCACUUCUCAGCACGGGCAGAGACGGCUUGGUGUACCAUCACGCUUUCAAGGAUUGCAUCAUGCCAAUCGAAAGAACCAAUCCGAAUUCCUUGGCGUUUAACGUGUCUGGCGAUAUCACCCUAGCUUUCCUGGACAAGAACUCGAUGGCCGACUCUGCCACCUUAAUCACGAAUGAACCUGCCAUACCUCUCCCUCCUCCAAUGCCUCCCAUUGCUCUGACAUCGCCCAGUAAUGGUUCGGGUGCCUCAGCUGCGGCUAAUCCGGUCAUGUCAAAUGUCCAGCGAAAUAGCCUGACCUCAAGAGUAACCCAAACAGAACGCCUUUCAAAAAGAGGAAGUCCUGAGUCGUUGAGAGGUAGUCCCGAGCCAUCGAUGUCUUCCAUUGCAGUUUCCAUUACUUCAGGCGCAACAGCAAGUGGAAAUGCCGCAGCAAUGUCAAUGAAUUUUGGCUCAAGUUCGUCUUGGAAGACCGUGACAUAUAACAAAAACAGAUCCAAAAGGAAAGUGGUUAAGCCCAAGGAACCCAAAGACCAGAAAAGGGAGGUUCUACGGGGAACCAAGAGUAAAUUGAAAUUAUUUCAUUUGUCUGGGGGCGACAGAAAUCCAGUCACAAGUUCUACGAUAGCUGCCGAUCAAAACGUUGCGGCUGAGGCCAUUUCAUUAUUGGACCUGAACCCUGAUUUGGAUGAUAUUCUGACAGAUAAUAACUGGUUCAUCACUUGCGCACAAAACUACAUUUUCUCCGGCGAGAGCUUUGCUCAAAUGUGUGACCACAACGCAGAGGUGGCCAAGUCAGUUGAACUGGAGCAGAUCUCCGUCACUUGGGACAUCAUCAAAAUCCUUACCGGCGCAUUCGACUUCACUGAAGCUGAGAAAAGUGCCUCCGCUUACAUGCAAACCCUAAAUGCUCCAACGGAUGAGGCUCAUAUUCCAGCCGGGGCCGAAGCUGAUCAAUGGAUGAGGAACGCCUCAUCACGUCUUCGUCACAUGAGCGGCAUUGGUAGUAGCGUUGACAAGAAAGGCGAUCAUAGCGGAGGACCCGGUGGAGGCCGGAUUAUGACCCCUUUAGAGGGAGAGAGCGACAAUGAUAGCGAUGAGUCUCAAGAUGAGCUAGAGGGCGAGGAUAUGUUAGCCAAUAUUGCAAGUGGUCAAAUGCUCGGCGACUACAGACUCUCGAACAAUGAGGAUCAGGAUCUAUUUUUGGAGGAAUUCGUUUACCCUGACAUGGCACCGAUGAACGAGAGCACUUUAGAUUGGAAACUAAGAACCGAGGCUUUCGAACCCCGGCAUGAAUUGAACCAAGAUAUUCCGCAUGAUGAUGCAGCUGCAGAGCAAUAUGUGCUAAAUGGCAUGCAAACUUCUGAUAACCAGGGCAACGGAGACGAUGAUCCUUUAGUGUCCCUGAUGGAAAAUGUAACCGUAGAGGAUCAGACCAGUCAUUUGUUGUCCGUUCCACCUCUGGAGGAUAUUCCAAUGUGUGAUCAUGAUCCGUGCAUCAGAGACACAUUGAUCGAAUACGCCGAGUUGGGCGAUGUUCAGACAACGGUUAUGCUGUAUUUAGUGUUGGGCGAGAAAACCAAUGGUAUGUUCAACGAGGACGAAGUGGAAUUUUGGUUUUUAACUUACAUUGACUUGCUUCGAAGACUGAACCUUCACAACGAGGCCAAUACGAUUGUCAAGGCAUGCCCUUUGAAGUCGGUGCAUUCCUUGAAUUUGGACUCGACCGUGUACUACUCAAACUGCACGGUUUGUUCCCGAGCCUUGAAUCAAAAAGGGGCGUGGUUCUGCGACCGUUGUCGAUCCACACCCUUUCUGUGCUCCGUUUGUCAGAACACUGUCAGAGGCGUCUUCGUUUGGUGCCAAGGCUGCGGCCAUGGAGGUCAUUCGAACCAUUUGAAGGCUUGGUACAAGGAGAACAAGUUUUGUCCCAUGGGCUGUGGACACGCAUGUCAGUAUCAGUAACGGUUUAUUUAAAAGUGGAAUGGAUGUUGUACUAUAUAAAUAAGAUUGACAAAGAUAAAUAGUCGAAGCAAGA